AUGAAAUUUGAAUAUCUUCCUGUGCCAAUGGAUCAAAAACCGCUUAAAAAUCAAGAGUUGCUAAAAUUGAAUGAUACACAUAAUUUACUUAAAUUUUGGCCUACUAAGUUCCACUCUUAUGUAUAUGGUGGUAUAGAACCUACACUACGAGAAUUUCCACACAUGGCAUUAUUAGGUUAUGGUGCCAGCACAAUGAAUGCAGAUGACUGGAGAUGCGGAGGUUCGCUUAUAAGCGAAAGGUGGAUACUGACUGCUGCGCACUGUCAACAAAGUUCAGGGAAUAUGGCUCGCUGGGCUCGCCUCGGAGUUUUGGCAAGAGUCUUCAAUGAAAGCAACGUAAAUCGUCCCAAAGACUAUCAAAUAGUAGAACAUGUAAUACAUCCUGAUUAUAAGCCUCCUUCACUUUACAACGAUAUAGCUCUCUUCCGUUUGGAAAGGGACGUCGAAUUCUCCGAAGAAGUGAGACCAAUCUGUCUCAACUCUGAUCCGUCUUUAACACCGUCGAAACAGAUAGUUACUGGUUGGGGACGAAUUUCUACGGCUGGACCUGUUAGUGACACUUUGUUAAAAGUAUAUUUGGAUAUUUUCCCGAUAAAACAGUGCAAUGAAAGUUAUUUUUCAAAUAAUAAUUCAAAAUUAGAAUUUGGCAUAUUACCUGACAGUAUGAUAUGCGCGGGUUCGUUUGAUGGCAAAAGAGACAGUUGUACGGGUGAUUCGGGAGGUCCUCUUCAAGUAAGACAUGCUGACAUCGCCGAAAUGUAUACACAAUACGGAAUUACAUCUUUUAGGAGAUUUUGUGGUGACAAGGACACCCCCGGAAUUUAUACUAGAGUAGCAAAAUACAUAUCGUGGAUCGAAAAAAUAGCGUUUUUAAAUAACUAA